AUGGCAAAGCAGGCUCGACUAUUCUUCACCUCGACGCCUGCCCCUCCCGGCGCUGACUCAGCGGGAAGUGCUGGUUGUGCAUCACGUGAUGUUCGCGACAAGGCUGUCGCGUCCGGCGCGUCCUUUGUGUCGGCCGAUGAGACUUCGAACGCGGCAUGGCCAUGCACAACCCAAACAUCUUACCACCCCGUUCCGCCCAUUACGCCCCCCGAAUCGCUCAUGGAUACUUCCUACGACUUGCCGGAUUCGACAGACUGGUUAUUAACGUCAUUGCCCGGAUUCGAGGCUGUCGAGGCCGCGCUUCGGUGCGAAGUCUGCAAGGAAUUUCUCAGUAAUCCUGUCAUUACUUCCUGCUCGCACACAUUUUGCUCGAUAUGCAUACGCAGAUGCAUUACAGCGGACGGGAAGUGUCCAAGCUGCAAGACGGGUUGUUCCAGCGAUAAAUUGACGCCAAAUAUUGCGGUUAGAGAAGUGGUGAUGCGAUUUCAGGAGGCAAGACCAAAGGCCCUGGAAUUGGCACGCGCAGACAAGGAGGACACGGUCGAGAUGCCUAGUGGGCAGAAGCGAAAGUUGGAAGACACGGAAAUAGAGGCCGAGGACGAGAAUACUAGACACACUCGCUCAGGGCAGGCUAGAGGCAAGAGGCGCCGUGAAGGCGCGGACCAAGAUGGGCCAAUUGAAAUCGCAGAUAGCGAAGCAGAAAGCGAUCCGGAAUACUUGCCUGAGGGUAUGGCGAAAUGCCCAAUCUGCAACAAGAAGAUGAAAGCGGAGCAAGUCUACAAUCAUCUAGACGUAUGUCCGGGCCCGGAUACGUCGUCGUCGUCGCAGGGGCGAAAUACCCGGUCAAAAACCAAAGCAAUUUUCCCCACGACCCUCACAAGACGGAAGAAAGAGACCUCACCCCCGCCAACCCGAUUAUCACAACUCAACUAUGCCAUGUUGAAAGAGACUGCGCUGCGUAAGAAGCUUCAGGAGAUUGGUAUACCAAACUGGGGAGAUAAGACUCUCUUGAAGCGACGACAUAUCGAGUGGCUCAACAUCUACAACUCAAAUUGUGACGCCGACGGCAGUGUACGGAAAAGUAAACGACAACUGCUUAGAGAGCUGGAGGAGUGGGAACAGACACAAGGCGGCCGCGCAGAAAGCAGAGAAAGCAAAAUCAUGAAGAAGGACUUUGAUGGUGACAGCUACAUGAAAUCUCACAAGACCGAAUUCGACGACCUAAUAGCAAAGGCGCGGCGAAAGGUUGCUGCGAAGAAAGUAGACACUGCUGCGGAGGGGGAGGAUGAAACUGCAGCAUCCAGCGCAUCCAAUGCAGAUAUACCCCCACAACCACAUCCACCACCACCAACAUCCGAACCACCACCCACCACCUCAGAAACAUCCACACCAAGCCUCCCACCACCCACCUCACCAUCCCACAACAGCCCAAACCCACCCCCAACCCCCAACCCCAAUAAGCCCUACGAAAACAACGAACCAGCACUAGCCAGCAUCCGCGCCAAAGUCGAAGCCGCAAACGAUCCCGCCAACCGUCGACCCUCGCUGAAAACCGAAUCCUCGCUCGAGAGUGCGCACGCUCGGGGCUCGGAUACGCAGACGGGACUGCGGAAUCCGCUCGGCGGACCUAGUAGGAAGGUGCCGAUGUUUGAGGUGCCGUUGGAAGGGGAGGAGGGGGGUGGUGGGGCGGUGUAG